AUGUGUUUGCAAAAGUUGCUUAUUGCGCCCCAGGGAGCAUCACACGUCACGCCGAAUGGGGCGGCCGCGUCUAGCGUCGGUGCAAGCAGUGAGGAUGUGGGUAGCGACGGCGAUGCUGAGGCAGCACCGGUCCGAUCCAAGGCUGUUGCGUCUGUUAUGGCAGACGCGCCUAGUACGGCGACCGACCAACCUGCAAAGGCACCGCCUCCUCCAGGGCCAGACAACCCUUUUGAAGCGAUGCCGUGCGGAUCUGCGCAGCCGGCAACUGGAUCUCGUCGUGAAGAAACGUUGGCCGAUGACAACGUCGUUGUAAGCCAUGCCGAGCUCAAGGAGAUGAAGAUGGCGAGAGAGGAGAGCGACCGUCGGAUUGUGCGCCUUGAGGCUCAGCUGCUGGCCGCCCAGGAUCCCAAAAGGCAUAAUAAGAUACAAAGGGGUCUGCGUGAGGAACGGGCGCGUGUUGAUGCGCAGAAGAGCAAGCGGAGGCGAGUCUCGGCAGGCUCAGAAGACGUGUCAUCCGAGGAGGAUGAUGAAGGGGAGGCGGAAGAGGUGCCUGUAAGGGCGUCUGUACGCAUGAGGCGCCACAUGACGGUGUCGAGUUCUCCCAUACUUCAGGAGGCGCUUGAUUUCCUUCCCGCGGGCAAGCUGUGGAAGGUGAGUAUCCACGUUGUGGUUCAUCAGAAAACCUGCGAUCAUGUGAGAGAGUACUUGUUAAUCGACUGGGCGAAUGAAGGCAUGACGUUUUAUCCAAGCAGCAAGGACAAGACGCUAGGCGUAUGCGCGAUCACCCUCCGUCUGACGUUUAACUAUGCAGGUUUCGCACUGGCUACCGACAAGACGCGACAAGGUGACUUGAACAAGUCACUCAGCCAGUGGAAGACAAAGGUCACGGGGCGCGUACGUGACAUAGCGCUGCCGCGCAUUGGACUAUGGCUCGAUGAUCGAGAUGCACGAAGCCCGUGGGCACGCAAGAAACGGAGAGAGGCCGCGGAGGAUCGGAGUAUCAUUGACGGGGCCUUGCGUUUGCCGAUGGUUUGUGCAGAUGACCUCACGCUUUCAACAUGGAGCGAGAGCAAGAGUGGCAUGAUCUUUGCGUCGGGCGCGUUCACUGCUUGUGCCGUGACAGCCUUCCAGCAGAAGAAGGUCAAUGGGACUGUGACAGUGAAGCUGUACCAGAUGGCGUGGCUCGAGCAUGUGGUGACGGACACGAUCCUGAACUGGGACAAGCGCAAGGGCCGCCUGUCCAACUCUACUGGCGGCAACGCGCAGGUGGUGGACGGGCUCCACCAUGUGGCCUGUAUGCUGUGA